AUGUCUGAGACCAAGGAUCUUUCUUCUCAGGUCCAAGACACAACAAAAGACACUGCUUCCAACGAGCAGCAAUCCUCUGGUGCGUUUGGCAGUCCCCAGCGAAGUUUGCCGCUUAUCGUCCCCAUUGCAGUCAACUAUGACCAGUCAGUCCCUCGGAGUGGUGUUGUGAAUGAUGCUGGUGAUAUCCUCGACGAUGCUGGCAAGACUGUCGGUAAGGUCGCCGACACCGAUAACCUCAAGAACCUCGUAGGCAACACCGUCAACAGCGCCGGCGAUGUUGUCGACUCCUCAGGCGAUGUCCUCGGCAAGACACUGCCCAUAGGACAAGGAAAGCCUGAGGAGGAAGAGGACUCUCACGACGAGGAGAAGAGCGAGUACACAACUCAGUCCAAGGACAAGAAGUCUGGAGGUUUGGGAGACGCCGUCGGCAGCGUUACCAGCGCUGUUGGUGGAGUGACAGGAGCUGUUGGUGACACUGCUAAGAGCGCCACGGACACUGUCGGCGAGACAACAAAGGGAGCUACCGACGCUGUUGGUGACACAGCCAAGGGUGCUACAGACACCGUUGGCGAUGUGACUGACGACGUCGCCGCCAAGUCAGAGGCUACAUCCCACGCCACCGACACCAAGACACCUGCAGAGACUCCCAAGGCCCCUGGAGUCAAGGACGAGGCAUCUGAUGUUAAGGAUAACGCGCCUGACGUCAAGGAAAACGCACCCGAAGUUAAGGACGAGACAAUAGACCAAACCGACAAGAUCAACCUUGAGGACCGAGAGGCACCAGCCGAUGCCGACGACAAGCUCAAGGAGGUCGCUCCCGAGCCCGAAGAGGCUAAGGAGACCACCAAGGACGUUUCUGACGAGGCCAACGACAUCCCUGAGAAGGCCAAGGACGCUUCCGAGGAGGCCAAGGACGCUUCCGAGGAGGCCAAGGAGGAUGUUACCUCCAAGGUCGACGAGCAGGAGCAAGAUGUCCCCAAGCCUGAGGAAGUCGAGGAGAAGCUCCAGGAGAAGACCGAGGGUGCCAAGGACGAAGCUACAAAGUCCGAGGUUCCUGAGGGUGAUGUUGCCAAGACUGACGCUCCUGUCGACGAAGUCCCCAGCGACGAAGUUGCAGAUGAUGACAAGUCUAAGACAGCUAGUGACGAUCUGAAGUCUGUGGCUCCCGGAGAGGAUGCUGCAGGUGUCACCGACGAAGUCCAGAGCAAGGCCGCUCAGGGCGAGGAUGCUGCUCAGGACAAGGUUUCGGAAGCCGACAAGGCUGCCGAGGAUGUUCCUGAGGACGUCAAGAGCAAGACUGCAGAGGCCGAGAAGGCUGCUGAAGAUCUUCCCGAGGAUGCUCAAAGCAAGACUGCCGACGGUGAGAAGGCUGUUGAGGAUCUUCCUGAGGAUGCUAAGGACAAGGUUGAGGACGGCGAGAAGGCCGCCGAGGAGCUCCCUGAGGAUGCCCAAAGCAAGGCUCCAGAGGCCGAACAAGUCGCUGGCGACGUCGCCGAUGAGGCCAAGGACAAGGCUGCAGAGACUGAAGAAGCUGUCGAUGAGAAGACCGCUGAAGCUGAGGAGGCUGCCAAGGAGCCUCUCGACUUCUCCGUCCUCAAGGGCACCACUGUCGACAAGGAGGGCAACCUCGUCAACGACAAGGGUGACAAGAUCGGCAAGAUUGUCGAAGGUGAGCUCAAGCAGCUCGUCGGCCUCAACUGUGACGACCAAGGUCAGAUCUGGGACAAGACUGGCAAGCAGCUCGGCAAGGCUGAGCCUAUCCCCGAGUGGGACCGCGAGCAGAAGGACUCUUCUAUUCUCAAGGGCACUACCGUUGACAAGGAGGGCAACCUUGUGAACGACAAGGGCCAUCUCAUCGGACGUGUCAUUGAAGGCGAGAUUAAGCAGCUCAUUGGUCUUUCUUCUGACGACCAGGGUAUUAUCUGGGACCGAACUGGUAAGCAAGUUGGUAAGGCCGAGCCCCUCCCUGAGUGGGAGCGUGGUGAGCAGAAGGAUUACAGCAUCCUGAAGGGCAAGACUGUCGACAAGAACGGUAACCUCGUUGACGAGAAGGGCCACCUCUUCGGUAAGGUCGUCGAGGGUGAGAUCAAGCAACUCAUUGGUCUUUCCUCUGACGACCAAGGCACCAUCUGGGACAAGACUGGCAAGUCUGUUGGUAAGGCCGAGCCCCUCCCUGAGUGGGAGCGUGGCGAGCAGAAGGAUUUCUCUAUCCUCAAGGGUGCUAUUGUCGACAAGGAGGGUGGUCUUACCAAUGAUAAGGGAGACACCAUCGGCAAGGUCACUGAGGGUGAAAUCAAGCAGCUCGUUGGCCUCAAGUCUGACGAGAACGGCAAGAUCUGGCGAGACGGUAAGGUCGUCGGCCAGGCUGAGCCUCUUCCUGAAUGGGAGCGCGUCCAGAAGAAGGACCGAUCUGUUCUUAAGGGCAGUAAGGUCAACAAGGUCGGCAAGCUCGUCGACUCCAACGGCAACAUUGUCGGAAAGGUUGUUGAGGGUGAUCUGAAGGAGCUUCUCGGCAAGCGAUCUGACGAGAACGGCGAUAUUUGGAACGACUCCGGAGAGGUCAUCGGAAAGGGUGAGCCUGUCUCUGCCUCCGAGCGCGAGCAGAAGUCCUCAGCUCCCUUCGAGAACUUCCCUGACGCCGUUGUCGAGUCGGACGGCCGUGUCAUGUACAAUGGUGAGCAGGUUGGUGAGGUUAUCGAGGGUAACCCCAAGGAGCUCAAGGGCAGCAAGGUCGAUGAGGAUGGUGACAUUCUCGACCGCCGCGGUAACACCGUCGGUAAGGCCAAGCGCUGGGAAGCUCCCGAGGCUGAGGAGGAGAAGCCUGUCGACAACUCUGCCCUUGCUGGCAAGCGUGUCAACAAGGCCGGUAACCUCGUCAGCGAGUCUGGCGAGAUUUACGGUCGUGUCAUUGAGGGUGAUGUCCAGAAGCUGGUCGGACGCAUGUCUGACCGUGAUGGAAACAUCCGAAGCGAGUCUGGAGACAUCAUCGGCAAGGCUGAGCUUGUCUCUGAGGGCGAACGUGGUGGCAAGAAGGACGGUCCCUUCGCUGAGCUCAAGAACUGCACUGUCGCCAAGGAUGGCAAGGUUGUGAACCAAGCUGGCGAGACUGUUGGCCGACUUGUUAUCGGUGAUGCCAAAGCCCUCGUCGGACGCUCUGUUGAUGAUGACGGCGAGAUCGUCGACUCCAAUGGCAACGUUAUUGGCAAGGCCGAGCGUUGGGAGGAGCCUGAGAAGGAGAAGUCACACAACCCUCUUGCUGGUCGCAAGGUAAACCGUGAGGGUAACGUUGUCGACGCUGAUGGCAACAUCAUUGGCAAGCUUACCAGCGGCGAGAUCCUCGACUGCCAGGGCAAGGAGGUCGAUGAGGAUGGUGAUGUCUUUAACCAGAAGGGCAGCGUCGUUGGUCACGUCUCUCUUCUUGAGGAUAUCCCCAAGGAGGAGCCUGAAGAGGAGCCUACACCCGAGCCUGAGGGUGAGACUGAGGAGGAGCGCAUCAAGCGCGAGCAGGCCGAGGCCGAUAUCAAGGCUGAGAAGGACGAGGCUGAGAAGAACAAGAAGCUUGCUCAGCAACUCUCAUACCAGAUCGAGCAGACUCUGGAGCGUCUCCGACCCAUCUGCAAGUCCAUCAACGACAAGAUCAGCGCAGCUGAGGCCCAGAAGCCCGAGGACCGUGAUGAGGAGGAACUCGUCCGACAGGUCAAGCCUUUGAUCGAGGACGGUGGUAAGCUCCUUACCGAGACCAACGGCAUCAUCCGUGGUCUUGACCCUGAUGGUCGCAUUGCUCGCAACGCCAAGCAGAAGACUUCUUCUGGUGAGGCUACUCCUGAGGAGGCUCACCUCGCCAACCUUCUCAAGGAGCUCUCUACUGAGAUCCAGACCUGUAUCGAUGAGGGUAAGCGCAAGCUUGAGGGUAUGCCCCACGCUAAGAAGGAGAUCAACCCUCUCUGGGGUCUCCUGGCCGAGCCUCUCUUCCAGAUCGUCGCUGCUGUCGGUCUCUUGCUCAGCGGUGUCCUUGGACUCGUUGGCAAGCUUCUCGGUCCUAUCCUUGGACCUUUGUUGAACGGUCUUGGUCUUGGUGGCCUCCUUGACGGUCUUCUUGGCGGUCUUGGUCUCAAGAAGAUCCUCGGAAGCCUUGGUCUCGGAGACGUCGUCGGAACUGUCACUGGAAAGAAAUAA